AUAAAGCGAGCGACACGCUGGUUUGGGCAUCAGUGUGCUCCUUCUGCUGCUGCUGUUACUUCGGUGCUUACAACAGUGACGACGAUGCGUGUCCUGGCCGUGCUGUGUGUGCUGGUGCUUAUGGCCGUCGCCGUGCUGGCUGGUGGCGGAUACGGUGGCUUUGGCGGCGGCGGAGGCUUCAGGGGCGGGUCAGGCGGCGGCGGCCGAGGCUUCGGAGGCGGCGGCCGAGGCUUCGGCGGCGGCGGAUUUGGCGAUAAGGGCUUCGGCGGCGGCGGCUUUGGCGGCUUGGGAGGCGGCAAGGGCUUCGGCGGCGGUGGCUCCGGUGGAUUCGGUGGCUCUGGUGGAUUCGGUGGUGGUGGAUCCGGUGGUGGUGGAUUCGGUGGCAAGGGCGGCUACUACGGCUGAGGCGACAUACCCGACACGCCCACGGCCCAGCGCUGCCCUGCUGGUGACGACGGAGGCGGCGGCGGCGGCAAAGCAAAUGUAUAUGAUAUUGAAUUAGACGAGGAAUAAAACCACCUAAUUUUG